AAUGUUAGUGAUAGUAGUGUAGAGAAGAGACACUAUCAUAAUAUCAUAUCAUCAUUAUCUUGUCAAAUCCGAAUCUUUUCCGGCUCUCCUCUUCCUGUUCCUGUUGCUUUAUCCAUAAUUAUCCUGAACCUCCAAUUAGAUUGCUCAUUUCUCAUCACAUAUAUAUACAAAGAAAAUACUUUUGGCAUUAUUUUCUUAAAUUUUCUCACAGGCAGACAUGGCUUCCAUUGUUGUAAGCUUACCUCCACUGUUAUUGAUCAAAAGCAGUAAAACCCUCUCAAGGGCUUUCUCAAAGCUUCCAGUUUCUUCCUUUCAAGUGAGACAAAACCGUGCUUCUGUUGCUGUUAAGGCUACUGGGGAGAACUCCGAGUCAUCUAGCUCCCUAAGUGUUACAAAGUCAGUUCAAAACAUAUGGGAUAAUUCUGAAGACAGGCCAGCUCUUUUCGGGUUAGGGUUUGCGGCUAUAGCAGCUCUAUGGACAUCAGUUAACGUGGUUUCAGCCAUUGACAAGCUGCCUGUUAUCCCAAGCGUGUUUGAAAUUGUGGGCAUUUUGUUUUCUUCAUGGUUUAUCUAUCGCUACCUCUUAUUCAAACCUGAUAGGGAAGAGCUUUUCCAAAUUGUUAACAAAACAGUAUCGGAUAUCUUGGGCCAAUGAAUUGUGCUGCCAAAUGAUAAGGCAAUGCUUAUUAUGAGUGUAUUUGUUAACAAAAGUGAGGUUCUUAUUGGGGUGUUACUGUACUGUGGUGGCGAUCAAAGCAGUACCACCAUUGUCAUUUAAUGCAAGUUUCUUGCUGUACCAUGAACUCAUAAGAUCAUAUUCUGUGUUGCUGUGUAUUAUAUUUCCAGUUUGUUUAAAUCUUGUGUUCACUGUGUAAAGAAUGUUUAAGCCGUUUUUGAAUAUUUAGAUACAAAUACUUGCAUGUCAAUUGGGUA